CGGACAUAAAGGCGGAGUGAGUCCUCUCUGGUUUCCCUCUCUCUCUCUGUCUCUGAUCAUCCAGACGGGCCAGACAAACUCAGACACAAGAGGGACAUCAUGGAUCCGAACACGACCAUCCUGCGAGUCAAGAGAAAAAGGGGCACCGACCCGGCAGAUGCGCUGUUGCUUGCGUGCAAACGUAUCCGUCCAGAGACGUCCCAGAGCCCAGGUGAAACGGUACCGGAGCCCAACGAAGCCGAGGUGGAAAACUCUGUCUUCAAACUCGUGGCGACUGUAGCGACACAGGAUGCUCCUGUUCAAACGCAGGUCCGACAGGCUUUGGCCCGACCUCGCAUGGCCCAUGCGCUGCGUCCGUCUGCUGCCAGUUCACAGCGGAUAAUUGGGGACCUGAGGAGCACAAAGUGGAGCACCCGUAGGGAGGAACGCUACAGAAUAGUCUCGAGUCACCGUACAGGGCUGUCGAGUCCGGCUGAGCAGCAAGCCUCCCCGACAGAUGUUCCUGAGGAUGCAGGGGAAACUGCGAAAGAGCAGGACAAAUGUUGGGCUCUCGGUGAAAUCCAGGUGGUUGACCUCCUGCAUGAGGAUGUAGAGGACAAAGACAAGUUUUCUGGCAAGACGCUGACCUCGGACCCAGAAGUGAUCCUGUGCAACAACACCAAGAUGCUGCGUGAGCAUCUGAGCAUAUCUGGAGAGCGAGCAGGGGAGGAGCACCGGGAGCAGGACACUGACUACGUCUAUGACCUUUACUACCAGGAGACAGUCACACCAGGGUGGAUCCAGGACAUCUUGUCUGUCAGGGUCUAUGCUGACGAGGGAGAACUGGUGCCCGACCUCGUGGUUCAUGAAGAGGAAGUAUAUGAGGAUGAGGAUGAUGAAAACGAGGAAGGCAACUGGAGGAAUGACUAUCCUGAUGAGGAGAGUGAUGGAGACAGUGACCGGGAGGAGCGCUAUGGAGGUUACUGGGAGGAGGAGCACUCGUACAGCCGAAGGAGCUGGCAGCAAUACCAGAGGGAAGUGCUGCAUGAGCUGGGCUGUCGUGGUGAGGAUGACGACGACGACGAUGAUGGAAACAAAUAUGAUUCUGAUUAAAUUAGCCCACACCUGUCAGUGGAUCUUCCCAAUGUCCUCUUCACAAACGACACCAUAUUCCUUGAUUUGAUCUGUGCAGGCGAGAGCAGAGGGAAAACAACCACUAGACUGGCACGUCAACAGAAACCAGCCUGAAAAGUGUACUGUAGCAAUUAUAUGUGUAGCAUACAGACAAACAUCCCGUCAACCAUUAACACCCUACAUGUUCAAAAAACUUCAUGUGCCAGUCUGUUAAAAAUAUCGGCAACUUAUGAUUCAGAAAAUUGGCAUUGUUAACACGAAAUCCACCACUCUGUCUCUCCUGCACAGGCGAUGGAGUAUGUGUUCUUUCUAGAAGGAUUCAGGGUGUUUUUUUUUUUGUUUUUUUUGGUUGUUUGUUUUUUUUUAACUGGUGGAGUGAACGUGUGUGUUUGUUUAAAGUGGAUGUGGGCGUGUGCGUGUUAGAAAUGUUGCAUAUUAGUGUUACAUGCCUGGUAUGCUUUGUGCUGUUAACACUUCUGUUAGUGAGACGUCUUGGGGCUGCGCGUGGUUGCAAUUUAGGCUGUUUGCAUUUUGUGCAUGGUAGUGUGUGUGUGUGUGUGUGUGUGUUAGGUAUAACUGUGCGCGUUUAAAAGAUUUCUUGCAUAAUGUGAAAGCGUGGUGCAUUAUUUUUUGUUGUGUGUGUGUGAGUUUGGUUCAGAGAUUCCCCCUUUUUUGAAGUUCUGAUUGUUUCUUGGAUGCUUGUUGAUUUAAACUUUUUGUAAAUAUGUAGAUGUGUAUAAAAAGAAAGCUUUCAAAAUAAACUCCAAACAUCCCAGUG